UGUCCCCGAGGCGUAGAGUGUGACCCCCGGGACGGAAGGUGCCCGGAUGUAUGUGCGCCCGGGUGGUCCGGCAUGCCCUUUUGCCAGGCAGAGAACGUAGCGAUACGCAAGAAAACGUAUCAGCACGGCACGUACAUGGGUUGGAACGCGUCACGUGCCGUUGACGGUAACGCAGACCAGGACGGCACGUACGGGUCGUGCGCGUGGGCACAUAACAACGAUGACGUGUUUAAGACGUGGUGGAACGUCGACCUUGCCGCCUCGUACGACGUCAAGUCUAUUGAGAUCUACUUUAGGACGGAAGACGCGAUGUCGCAGUCCCGGCGAGCGGGCGUGCGGGUGUACAUCUCUAACAGUGUGGAGGAGGCGAAGAACGCGGGGCUCUGCUACAUCGACCAGAUGAGCGACUUUGUCUUCCCGCCCGACCACCUCAUCCUGCGAGACGACAGCAUGGCGUGCUCCGAGCGCCGUGGUCAGUUUGUAAUCUUGUACAUUGACCGACCCACUCAGACUCCCACCCGCAACUGCCCCACCAACACCCUAUACUCCUGCUGGGCGAACCUGGAGCUGUGCGAGGUCGAGGUUUAUGCUUGCACCAACGGAACGUUCGGUUCCAACUGCGAGAGACGGUGCCACUGUAAGGAGGGUGGAGCAUGUGACGUCACCAUUGGCUCGUGUCCCGGGGGCUGCAUUCCAGGAUGGGAGGGCGUCGCCUGCGACAAAAAGUGUAUAGAGGGCCGAUGGGGCGUGGACUGCAAUAUGACGUGCGGUCAAUGCCAGGAUCCCCUCAACUCGUGCAUCAGGACUAACGGCACGUGUCGCUCGUGCAAGCUAGGAUGGCGGGGAGACAGGUGUGAUCAAGCUUGUGAGCCUGGGACGUGGGGCGCGGAGUGUGCAGAGGUUUGCGGGAACUGCCUAGGUACAUGCGACCCCCAGACUGGAGUCUGCUCUCUCGGCUGCAAACCCGGAUAUACGGGACCCAAGUGCACAGACGAGUGCGGCUCGGGUCUGUACGGUCCCAGUUGCGAGUCUCGUUGCGCCAAUUGCCGCGAGGGCGCCCCGUGCCAUCACGUGACUGGCUUUUGUCCAAGCGGCUGCGCUGUCGGCUUCCUCGGAGACAAAUGUAACACAGAGUGCCCUGACGGUCAGUACGGGGACCGGUGUGAGGGUACCUGUGGCCUCUGUCACGAGGGCGUCCACUGCGACCACGUAACUGGAAACUGCCCCGCCGGCUGCGAGUCAGGUUGGAAAGAGGAUACUUGUCAGAACAAAUGUGCGGAGGGGUUUUAUGGUGCCCAGUGCAAGGGAGAAUGCGGAUUUUGUCGCGGUGGGGAGCCAUGUGAUCACGUGACUGGCACGUGCGCUGCUGGAUGUGAGGACGGCUGGCUCGGGGAAAAAUGUAAAAACCGCUGCCCACCCGGCCACUUUGGUCACGACUGCGUGUCCACGUGUGGCACGUGUCGGGAUAGCGAGCCAUGUGACCACGUAACCGGAAACUGCUCGACUGGCUGCAGCAGUGGAUGGAGGGGAAACAACUGCAAACAACCUUGCCCGAGCGGUUACUAUGGUGACGCAUGCCGGAAGUCGUGUGGCCACUGUCGCCACAACGUCACAUGCGACCACGUGAGCGGACUGUGUAUGGAUGGCUGUGACCCGGAGUUCUACGGAGAGUUCUGCGAUCUCGCGCUGCCUGACCCCGGAGAAGAGAAGCCAGCUGGGGCGGCGGACGCGGCCGGAUACAACCCCGACCUCUCCGUGCUCAUAGGCGGCAUCCUCGCUGGCGUCGUCGUCGUGUUCGUCGGAAUCAUGCUUUUCGUCCUCAUUAGAAGACGAGGCUGCAAACGCGCCACACCACACAAGACCUCGGUCAGACGGAGCCUACACUCGCACUCGAACGUCGCCAUCGUUGUUGACGACGAGCAUGCGCGCGAGCACGAUCACCAUGGCAACCCACACUCACAUUCCCCGACCCCCAGCCGCGCCUCCAGCCUCGCUACCAUCAAGACUAACUGCACACAAUCACAUGUGACGGUGGACGACCAGGAGGUGUUGUACGUGAAUCUGAAGAAGAAGACACCAACGCCCCUCCCCUUUGCCGUACCUUCCCCCAAACUCUCCACAUUCCAGAGAAAGACCAUGCAGACUGCGGGAUACGAGCUGGAGCCGACCUAUUACAACACUGGGACGGAGGCGAUGGACAGCGCGGCUCCCGGUGGCAUCCCUGUUCAGCAGUUCCCAGCCUACAUCCGGGAACUGGAGGCGGACAAAGCCAGGAUCAAGGAAGAAUACGGCAAAUAUCCACACGGACUCAAAUACCCACACGAGGCGGGAAAAAGACCAAGAAAUAAGUUCAAGAAUAGAUUCGCGCAGAUGUUUCCAUACGACCACAGUCGCGUUGUUCUUGAGGACGAGCCCGGUGAGCCCGACACAGACUACAUCAACGCCAACUACAUUGACAGCGUCGACUAUCCCAACUGUUAUAUAGCCACACAAGGUCCCAACAAGAUCACCCUGAAGGACUUCUGGCAGAUGGUCUGGCAAAACAAGAGUGGCAAGAUCAUCAUGCUCACCAACCUCGUGGAGGAGGGAAAGAACAAGUGUGAGCGUUACUGGCCGGCGGAGAGGUCGCCGCUGGUGUUCGGGUACCAGCAGGUGCACCUUGUCUCCAGCCAGGAGUACCCCUUCUACACACUCCGUGUUCUCACUCUCACGUCCAGGCUGCACCCGGAUGAGCCUCGGACAAUCAAGCAGUUCCACUUCACCGCAUGGCCUGACCACGGCGUGCCCGACACUUUCGAGAUCGUUUCCUUCUACAAGUGCGUGCUGCGCGUUCCCAUCAGCCUGCCCGGGCCCAUGGUCGUUCACUGCAGCGCGGGUGUUGGCCGGACGGGGACGUUUGUGGCACUGGACGCUCUUUACCACUACGCCAAGCGGUGCGACACCAUCGACGUGCCUACCUUCGUCCUCAAGAUGCGACAGCAGAGAAUGAACAUGAUACAGACGCUGGAACAGUACCGUCUGCUGCAUCACGCCCUGCAGGAGGCGCUCGGCUAUGGCGACACGACGUUGUCCCGGGCCACCUUCCACACAGAAUGUCUCAAACACAUCGAGCUUUACAACCUCGCCAAACCCAACAGAAUAUCAGAUGAAUUCCAGAAGUUCGAAGAGUUAAAACCUAAGCUUGGUAACGAAAACUUCCUGGCGGCGCUACGGAAAGAAAACGUGGAAAAGAACCGGAACCUGAGCGUAUUGGCGGCGGACCGCUUCCGGCCGUACCUGUCCACGUACAUCCCCGACACAACGGACUACAUCAACGCCGUCAUGAUACCCUCGCGGACGAACAAGAACGGUUACGUGGCGACGCAGCUGCCGAUGCGAAACACGAUAGCGGACUUUUGGCGGCUGGUGUAUGACCAUGGCAGUCACGUGAUCGUCACACUGAACGCUCUGGACGAGGACCAGGAGGACUCGUGUGCUUGGUGGCCGUCUAACGGAGACUCCAUUACGUUCGGCCCGCUUGUUGUUGAGACGCUUGCAGUGGAGACACCGUGUUCCGAGGUCACAGAGAGGACCUUCCGCAUCCUCAGAAAGGGCAUCAAGGAUUCCAAACUCGUAUACAUGAUAACGUACAACGACUGGCAGGCUGGGCGAAAUCUUCCGGUCUCCAUAGAUUCAUUCCUCGUCGUCCUCGGUCGCGCCAACCUCUACCGGAAGUCGUUCCCUGAUGCCCCAAAGAUCGUCAUCUGCUUGGACGGAGCGACGUGUAGCGGGUUGUUCGUGGCCGUCAACAAUGUGUUGGAUCAGGCAGCCCAGGAUGGUGAGGUGGACGUCUUCAACGCCGUCAGGCAAAUCCAGCUUCGUAGGCCACAAUUUGUAAAAAACAAGGAUCAGUAUCUAUUCGUGUAUCAGUGCGUCAAUCGUCAUAUCGCGCUGACAAGCGGAAUGACGUCAGACAUCACGUACGGAAACGUUGCAAGAUGACCUCACGCAUGCUCAGCAAUUGAAGAGUGCAUCAUUUAUACAUCUGCGUGAGAGCGAAAGUCUGGAUAUCUAUGGUGCCUGUUAGAUUGCGGAAGACUAGCUGAUAGCCAGUUAAUUCAAUGUGUUCUAUAAUAUAAAUAUAUUACGAUUUUACAUGUACUGAAUGUGUAUAUUUGUAAAUCAAGUAGUAAGCAAUAUGCGCCGUUUUUGAAAUAUUAAUUAAUAUUUAUGCGAAUCUUGUGUUAUACAUUUUUGUAUAACAUUACAUCGUUCUAUGGUAUGUGCUUUGUCAACGGUUUUUAGAAUAAAUUAUUGAGAUUU